GGGGAUUGGAGGAACGGAGCCGCAGGAAUGGGAGCGGUCCUGAGGCCAGUUCUUGAGCCCGGGGACAGCCCGGGCCUGGCCGCCGCACAGCUCGCGCAGUAACUGUCCAGGCUAGGGGAGGCGGCGCUAUCCCGGGACCUGCGAGGAUGGCAGCAAAGGAACAGGCCUAGUUCAAUGCAAACAAGUGAGUUUGACUCAUCAGAUGAAGAGCCUAUUGAAGAUGAACAGACUCCAAUUCAGAUAUCAUGGCUACCCCUGUCACGAGUGAAUUGUUCUCAGUUUCUUGGUUUAUGUGCGCUUCCAGGUUGUAAAUUUAAAGAUGUUAGAAGAAAUAUCCAAAAAGAUACAGAAGAACUAAAGAGCUAUGGUAUACAAGACAUAUUUGUUUUCUGCACCAGAGGGGAACUGUCAAAAUAUAGAGUUCCAAACCUUUUGGAUCUCUACCAUCAGUAUGGAAUUAUCACUCAUCACCAUCCAAUUCCAGAUGGAGGGACUCCUGACAUCACCAGCUGCUGUGAAAUUAUGGAGGAGCUUGAAAUUUGCCUUAAAAAUAACCGAAAAACCUUAAUACACUGUUAUGGAGGACUUGGGAGAUCUUGUCUUGUAGCUGCUUGUCUCCUCCUAUACCUGUCUGACACAGUGUCACCGCAGCAAGCCAUCGACAGCCUGAGGGACCUGAGAGGAUCUGGAGCAAUACAGACCAUAAAGCAAUAUAAUUAUCUUCAUGAGUUCCGGGACAAGCUAGCUGCACACCUUUCAUCAAGAGAUUCACUAUCAAGAUCUGUAUCUAGAUAAAAGAAUUUCAAAUAGCAUAUAUAUAUGACCAUGUCUGAAAUUUGAGUUCUCUAAUAGUAUUUGUAUUGAAACUACUAGUGUUAUCAAACUGAAUGUAAUGAAUGUAAAUGUACAUGUGCAGAUAUUCCUAAAGCUUUUACUGACAAA